AUGUCGACCAGAAAUUCGAUUGCUUCCUUGUCGUCUGGCUCGACAAAAGUUGAGACACGGCUUGUUGACAUUCCAUCCAGAAAUUCUAUCUGUUCUCAUCCAUAUGGUCAGGAAGGCGCUAUGAUCCCUAGUAGUAGCAGUAAAGAUGAUGAUCUCCUCAGCUCAUCUAGUGAUGAGAUUGAGAAGAUGGCUAUGAAUACACUCGAACACUUGGAAGAGAACAAAAGUCCUGCCAUAAUGAAUCAUCGACUUGACGAUAAAAAGCAAACUCCAACUGACGAUGAACGAGCAUCCGAAAAAUUGAAGGAAACCGACGAGCCUCAAGCGAACAUUCAAAAUGAGUUCGGUGUGUGCGGUUGGAUCCUCACGUUACUUUCAUACCUCCUGAUUUUUGUAACACUACCUAUAUCAGCAUGUAUGUGCAUUAAGGUUGUACAAGAAUAUGAGCGAGCUGUUAUAUUCCGUUUGGGACGCUUGAUGCCGGGCGGCGCCAAGGGCCCAGGCAUCUUUUUCAUUGUUCCUUGUAUUGAUACGUAUCGAAAAGUUGACCUCCGAGUACUGUCGUUCGAGGUCCCACCUCAAGAGAUAUUGUCUAAAGACUCUGUUACUGUUGCAGUCGAUGCUGUUGUAUACUUUCGCAUAUCAAACGCAACAAUAUCGGUCACUAAUGUUGAAGACGCUGCACGAUCGACGAAAUUACUCGCGCAGACGACACUCAGAAAUAUUUUGGGAACAAAAACCUUGGCGGAAAUGCUUUCCGAUCGGGAAGCCAUUUCACAUCAAAUGCAGACUACUCUGGACGAGGCCACGGAGCCUUGGGGAGUGAAAGUGGAACGAGUUGAAGUCAAGGACGUGCGACUCCCAGUCCAAUUGCAGAGAGCGAUGGCAGCUGAAGCCGAAGCGGCUCGGGAAGCCAGAGCGAAGGUUCUUUAA